AUGGGAGAAGCUACAAAGGGCUUGCUCUCGGUCCUUCAGAAGUUGAAAGGGACCACAGAGAGUGUGGAGCUGAGGAUAGUUCUACUGGGUCUGGAUAAUGCAGGCAAGACCACCCUACUGAAGAGCCUCGCCUCAGAAGACAUCAACACUAUCACACCCACACAGGGCUUUAACAUUAAGAGUGUGGCCUCACAUGGCAUGAAGCUGAACGUAUGGGAUAUCGGAGGACAGAGGAAGAUCCGUCCCUUCUGGAAAAAAUACCUUGAAAACACAGACUUACUGAUCUAUGUCAUAGACAGCGCAGACAAGAAGCGGUUUGAGGAGACGGGACUGGAGCUGGAAGAGCUGAUCGAUGAGGAGAACUUAAAGGGUGUGCCAGUGCUCAUCUUUGCCAAUAAGCAGGACCUGGCCACGGCCUCACCCGCCAGUGAGAUCGCUGAGGGACUCAACCUGCACACGUACCGGGACCGCCAGUGGCAGAUCCAGGCCUGCUCAGCAGUGUCCGGGGAGGGAGUACAGGAUGGCAUGAACUGGAUUUGCAACAACAUUGUAAAUAAGAAGAAAUAA